GGCACCCGCGCUCGCAGGGCCGUGCCACCUGCCCGCUCGGUCGCUGCUGUCGCGCUCCCCACUGCCAACAUGCUGCUGAGACUGGGCGGCCCCGCGCUGCCGCUGCUCCUGCCGUCGCUGCUGGUGCUGUUGCUGGGCGCGGGCAGCGGUGGCCGCGGAGUGCGCGCCGAGGUGCUGUUCCGCUGCCCGCCCUGCACGCCAGAACGCUUGGCUGCCUGCGGGCCCCCGCCGGACGCGGUGUCCCGGUCGGCCGGCGGCGCCCGCGGGACCUGCACUGAGCUGGUCCGGGAGCCRGGCUGCGGCUGCUGUUCCGUGUGCGCCCGGCUGGAGGGCGAGGCGUGCGGCGUCUACACCCCACGCUGCGGCCAGGGGCUACGCUGCUAUCCCAACCCCGGCUCCGAGCUGCCCCUUCAGUCGCUGGUCAUGGGCGUGGGCACUUGCGGAAAGGGCCGGGACGCCAAGUACGGCGUUAGUCCGGAGCAGGUUGCAGACAGUGGAGAUGAKCACUCUGAGGGAGACCUGGUCGAGAACCAUGUGGAUGGGACCAUGAACAUGUUGGGAGGUGGCGGCAGUGCUGGCCGGAAGCCCCUCAAGUCAGGCAUGAAGGAGCUGGCUGUGUUCCGGGAGAAGGUCACCGAGCAGCACCGGCAGAUGGGCAAAGGAGGAAAACACCACCUUGGCCUGGAGGAGCCCAAGAAGCUUCGGCCACCACCUGCCCGGACCCCCUGCCAGCAAGAACUGGACCAGGUCCUGGAGCGGAUCGCCACCAUGCGCCUUCCUGAUGACCGGGGUCCUCUGGAGCACCUCUACUCUUUGCACAUCCCUAACUGUGACAAACAUGGCCUGUACAACCUCAAACAGUGCAAGAUGUCUCUGAAUGGGCAGCGUGGGGAGUGCUGGUGUGUGAACCCCAACACUGGGAAGCUGAUCCAGGGAGCUCCCAUCGUCCGGGGGGACCCCGAGUGCCAUCUCUUCUACAAUGAGCAACAGGAGGCUGGUGGGGCGCAGGCCCAGAGGGCGCAGUAAGCCACAGUCAGCCGGUGCCUGGCCCCCGCCACCUCUCCAAACACAGCGGAAAUGAAGAGUGCUUGGGUGGUGGGUGUGGAGGAUUUUCCAGCAUUUUGACAUGUAUUUAUAUUUGGAAAGAGACCAGCACCGAGCUCGGCACGUCCCCCUCUGCCUUGCCCCUCCCCAGCUGGAGAUGCUUGCUCCCCUCCUUCCUGCUUCUCCCUGGGGAGGAGGGGAGUCUGUGCUGGGGGAGUUGGGUGAAGGUUUGGGCAGGGGUGGGGAGAAAGAAAUUUUUAUUUUUGAACCCCUGUGUCUCUUUUUGCUUAAGAUUAAAGGAAGGAAAA